CUUCAAAGACAUUCGUAUUGAUUCUUACACAAACUUUCGACUUCACGACCCGAAAAUACCGCUCUGCCGUUCUUUUCAGAAGCCGUAUGGUAGCCGGCAGCAUGUUUUGAUUGGCCUCCGGCUACUCAAAAUCCGGGGUUGUGAACAUCUCAGGACAUGAGCCCGACUUGGCCAAUACCCUUUCUUGACUCGCACAGUUUUCCGGCUGCUGACGGCUAUCGACCAUAUCUGAGCUCUCGCCUGUUCCCCUUUUCGGUCGUUCGCCUCAUGCGGAGCCAGUCCCUCCGCAUCCCAUCACAUCCAAUUCGAGCUACAGCUACCGACCCAAGAUCGAGGAAGCACCACGUUUCGGUGAGAUAGCUACUUGGCUGCAACGCUGAUCUUCUGCUUGGCAUCUUUUCAGUCUUGUCUAUCCAACCAGACGCGUUGUUCUGAAUCAUUCGUAGGCAUGUCAGAUUCUUGCCAAGCUGUCACUAUGCUUCUCUGUUUAUCCGGGGCCCAAGACCCAGUCACGAACAUGGCCGGAAGUUUAACGAGGCGCGGGGUAUCACUACCCCGGACUGGGGAACAUGUUGAUACAAUAUCCACUCCGGACACUAUAAGAUAUCCAUGGCCCACGUUUCUUUGAGUUGGGCUUUCUUCGGUGUCCGUCGUCAUUCUAAUCAUCAACAUCGAAUUUGAUCCGCAAUCAUGCCUAUCCUCGAUCUUGGUCAUGAAGCCGAUCCCGUAUUGACUCGGGUUGUCGAUGAAGAUAAGGUCAGAUGGUGGAAGAAGAAGAAUCUGCGCUAUCUUUACUUCCUCUUGUACCCCACUUGCAUGGGUAUCGAGAUCACCAGUGGAUUCGACUCUCAGAUGAUCAAUGGACUUCAAUUCAUCCCCACCUGGAACAAAUACUUCGGCGAGCAUUCUGUUGAUGCAACAGGCAAAGAUGUUUGGGCAAUCGCAGGUCCUUUGCUCGGCAUGAUCUCUGCAUCCUAUAACCUUGGCGCCAUCUUCGCAGUUCCUGUUGUCCCUUGGGUUGCACAAAAGGUUGGUAGACGUUGGUCCAUCUUCAUCGGCUCGGUAUUUCAGUGUGUUGGUGCAGUUAUCCAAGGAUUCUCACAGCAUGUGGGCAUGUAUAUUGUUGCUCGCAUGAUCCUUGGGUUCGGCAUCGUCUUCUGUCUUGUAUCUGGCUCAUCCAUGUUGGGAGAGCUUUCAUAUCCCAAGGAACGUCCAUUCAUGACAUCCAUGUUCAACGCUUCUUGGUUCGUCGGAUCUCUCAUCGCCUCGGGAAUUGUGGUCGAAACUGCCAAGAUUUCAAACGACUGGGGCUGGAGAAUCCCAUCACUGCUGCAAUGUGUUCCCUCGCUCGUACAGAUUGUUCUCAUCUUCUUCAUCCCUGAAUCUCCUCGUUACCUGAUUAGCAAAGACAGAAGAGACGAAGCCUUUGAGAUUCUCGUCAAGUAUCACGCAGAAGGAGACCGCGAAUCAAUUUUCGUCAAGGCAGAGAUGGUACAAAUCGAGACUACCAUCCAACUGGAAGCCGAAGUAGCUAAGCAAUCCUGGUGGGACAUGGUCGCAACUCCUGGAAUGAGGCGCAGAACAUCUCUCGCUGCUGCCAUGGGACUCUUCACUCAAUGGUCCGGAAACACCCUCAUCUCAUUUUACUUGGGCAAGAUUCUCGUCAUGAUCGGCUACACGGAUACACACACCAAGACAAUGAUCAACCUCGGCAACACAGCAUGGAGUUUCGUCAACGGUACAGCCAUUGCCCUUAUCUCACCGCGCUUCAAGCGCCGAACUAUGUUCCUCACUGGAGCUAUUGGUAUGCUGGCUGUGUACGUCUCAUGGACAAUCGGCAUGCAACAAACCAUGAAGGGUCUGGAGCCAGGGAACAAGCCCAACAAAGCUGCUGGUAUCGCGGUCCUUUUCUUUAUCUACUUCUAUUCACCGUGGUACAACAUCGGAAAUAAUGCACUCGCAUACACUUACAUGGUCGAACUCUUCCCCUACGCCGAGCGUUCUCGCGGUAUCGCCGUUGAGCAAUUCUUCGUCCGAGGUGCCGGCUUCUUCACAACCUUCGUCAAUCCCAUUGGCAUGGACAACGCGGGCUGGAAAUAUCUCAUCAUGUACAUCGUGAUGAUCCUGCUCGAGAUCUGCACAAUCUACUUCUUCUACCCUGAGACGCAAGGUCGUACUUUGGAAGAACUGGCGUUCUUGUUUGAAGAUGAGGCGGUUGCUGAGAAGGCUGUUAUGGCGGUCGAGAAGACGAUUCAUCAUGAGGGUGGAGAUUAUAGGGAUGGUGGGGAGAAGGGUGUUGAUAUUGUAGGACAUGUGGAGGAGACGACGCCGGAGAAGAAGUAAAGUUGGUUAUUAUGGGAGGAGAUCGAUUGAUCUCGUUUCUAGGCGGAGAUUGUAAUUAGUGUGAUUAGGACCUUUACUUUCAAGGUGUGUACAGGCCAAGUACUACAGAUUGAUAGUCCAAUUCAUGAUUGUUGUUGGCUCUGAUACAUGACUGCACAUCGAUCGAC